GAGCGCUCUGAGCGGCCGGCUCGGACUCACGCGGCGCGCCCGGGCCGCCCCUCCUCCCCGCGCCGCCGGCCGCGGCCCAGGCUCCCUCGCUCCGCCACUCCCCGCCCCUCCGCGCUCCCUCCCCGCCCUCCCCGCCCUCCCCGCCCUCCCCGCGCCACCGCCUCCUCCUCCCGGCCUCCCUCUCCCAGCCAAACUGAAAGCCGGACCCCAGGCCGCCGCGCUGCCGCCCGGCCUCCCCGCCAGCGCGCCACCAUGGGCAGUCCCGGUUUCCCCUUGUAAAGAUGGCGGUGAGGGAUAGCUGCAACCUUUAGACUAAUGACUGUCCGAAACAUCGCCUCCAUCUGUAAUAUGGGCACCAAUGCCUCUGCUCUGGAAAAAGACAUUGGUCCAGAGCAGUUUCCAAUCAAUGAACACUAUUUCGGAUUGGUCAAUUUUGGAAACACAUGCUACUGUAACUCCGUGCUUCAGGCAUUGUACUUCUGCCGUCCAUUCCGGGAGAAUGUGUUGGCAUACAAGGCCCAGCAAAAGAAGAAGGAAAACUUGCUGACAUGCCUGGCGGACCUUUUCCACAGCAUUGCCACGCAGAAGAAGAAGGUUGGCGUCAUCCCACCAAAGAAGUUCAUUUCAAGGCUGAGAAAAGAGAAUGAUCUCUUUGAUAACUACAUGCAGCAGGAUGCUCAUGAAUUUUUAAAUUAUUUGCUAAACACUAUUGCGGACAUCCUGCAGGAGGAGAAGAAACAGGAAAAACAAAAUGGAAAAUUAAAAAAUGGCAACAUGAACGAACCUGCAGAAAAUAAUAAACCAGAACUCACCUGGGUCCAUGAGAUUUUUCAGGGAACGCUUACCAAUGAAACUCGAUGCUUGAACUGUGAAACUGUUAGUAGCAAAGAUGAAGAUUUUCUUGACCUUUCUGUUGAUGUGGAGCAGAAUACAUCCAUUACCCACUGUCUAAGAGACUUCAGCAACACAGAAACACUGUGUAGUGAACAAAAAUAUUAUUGUGAAACAUGCUGCAGCAAACAAGAAGCCCAGAAAAGGAUGAGGGUAAAAAAGCUGCCCAUGAUCUUGGCCUUGCACCUAAAGCGGUUUAAGUACAUGGAGCAGCUGCACAGAUACACCAAGCUGUCUUACCGUGUGGUCUUCCCUCUGGAACUCCGGCUCUUCAACACCUCCAGUGAUGCAGUGAACCUGGACCGCAUGUAUGACCUGGUUGCCGUGGUCGUUCACUGUGGCAGUGGUCCUAAUCGUGGGCAUUAUAUCACUAUUGUGAAAAGUCACGGCUUCUGGCUUUUGUUUGAUGAUGACAUUGUAGAGAAAAUAGAUGCUCAAGCUAUUGAAGAAUUCUAUGGCCUGACGUCAGAUAUAUCAAAAAAUUCAGAAUCUGGAUAUAUUUUAUUCUAUCAGUCAAGAGAGUAACUUAAAGAACUGUGGGACUAAUUCAAGUGGGGGAAAAUGUUCAAAGCACUAUUACCUGGUUUCUCUGCAGUCUUUCUUCUUCCCCAGUGGCCCACUAAUGGUAUCACUCCGAGUCUCGAUGGUCUGGCUGUGUUAGACUCUCUCCUUUUGUGUUUUUACAUGCAGCACUACUCUUGGUUUUAUUUCAGUCUGACAUAGAGUUAACUGCAAUCAGAUGGUAGUCUGAUUUAUAUGAAUAACAGUUGCUAAUUUUAGGACUGGGUGAAAGCUAUGCCAUUCAUUAUGUCUGGCUGUAUUAGAAUGACAUUUCCUAUGAAUGUCUACGGUCUAUUUUAGGUGUUUGCUAAACUUCUAUGGCUUCCAGGGUCUUCUUACAAUGCAUUCCUUUAACUUGUCCCUGGAAGCAUUGCUACCCAUUUUCAGCUUCUCUGCCUCUCUUCUGAUACAAAGACAGAAGAAUUGGGUAGAUAUUCACCUUUUAGGGGUGCAACUAUAGCUUUAAGUUUGUGCAAGUGAAAAUGUUGAAAAGUGAGUAACCUCGAUACUCAUCCUUGACAUGAAACAGGGUGAAGAGAAGCUGUCCAUGGUGGCUGGUGUUGGCUGGCAUUGGCCCUGGGCUGUGCUGACCUAGCCAUUUAGAAUUCCAGGGGCUAAGAAGGCUCAGGGCAGGCAAAGUCAAGAGGAAGAAGUUUUUGUGGACAAUGAAAAGUUAUUUUCGUACCUUUCUACCAAAACCAAGUUUCAGGAAAAUAACUCUAUGUUGUUUAUUUUCAGCGACACUUAUGUAAGGCCCUGUGAGUUGUAUUUAUCCUGUAUCCGGCACUGCUAAGCUUUUCAAGGUAUCUUUCCAAUCCUGCUGAUGUGUCACAGUCAAUGGCUGCAGGGCUGGCAAACCUCCCCUUAGCCAGUCAGCACGGCAUUGUUCCUUAUCAGGAAUAACAAAGGUACUGCAUCUUUCCAGCCAUCAGCACAUUGUACAACUUAACUUUUUAACAUAGUCCAUCUGUUUACUGAGGCACUGGCAAGUCCCAGGGCUGAUACAGAACCUUCCCUAGAGGGAAUACCAGAGUUAGCUGGGUAUGGAGGUGGCUCAAAGGAAGUGUCCGUGGGCAGGAGGGCGGAAUGAACAAAAUGGCGCUGUUUCUUUGGCUAAGACACCUAGAAUGCUUGACAAGACCGAAUUUUUUUGGAAGAACCUCAUCUCACUAUAGUUACUUUUUUCACUUUUGUUAUAUAUGUAUUUAUUAGAGCAUUUGAAUAUUGGUACCUUUAAAAGGGUCAUUUGGUGUUUUGCCGUUGAGCUGGUUUUUGAGUCAUAGAUCUUGGCUUCCUUUGGAAGUCACUUAACUUCCAUAAACUAUAAUAAACUGUGAACAUAUUUUUGUUACCUAAUGCAUCUGCUAAUGAACAUGCAAACUUUGGGCAUAAUGUGAACUAAAAUUGAAAUGGAAAAUGUUAGUGGCCAUUUUGCAACAAUGAAGAGGAUAGCACUUUAUCUAGAUGAAAACUGGAUUUCUUAUCUUUGAAAUAUCUUGAACUGUUUAUUGCUCAGAACUUAAGUAAGCAUGCCAACAUUUCGUUUGUUUAUGCUUGAAGUGAAAUGUUUUACUUUUCACUGGAGAAAACAAAACAGGGUGAUCUUCAUGUUACUGUUUUAUACAAGUGGUGGAAAUGUACCUUGCCUUGUUUAGAGGCAAUUUCACAUUUAUAAAUAUUUUUUUUUCCUCUAUGAAACUUACACAGUAAUCACUACCUGGAAGGUGAGUUUUGAUCUCUUUUUAAGGAGAGGCACUUUCCAACUGAAGGUGAUUGAUGUAGGGGAAUGUUUGUACUAUAUAGAAUCCAUAUAUUUGACUGCAAGUUACAAAGUUUUAAGAACAUGAUGGUUGGUCUCUAAUAUAUUUGGAACUGAUUCAUACGAAAAGUUAUUAAAAUUAUCUUUGAAACACCUCUUGAAGCUAAUUUAUUAGAAAAAAUAUUUCAGUUGGAAGCCUGUAGAAGUAAUGUUUAAAUGCUAAGUCAUAAGUUCAGGAUAUUUCUUUUCUAUUUGGUUGUGCAAAAUGUUUUUCCCAGUGAUUUAAUCGAAGUAAUUCCUUUGAAUAGUAAGAGUCAGUUAAAAUUCAGCAUUCAUGGAUAGAUUUUUGGAACGAAAAAGGGUAAGUAUAAGAAAAUAUUGCAAAGACAUUAAAACAGUUGUAUGGUGCACGAAAAGAAGAUUGGAAAAAGACCAAAACACACUUCUCCAGCAACACUCCAUCAGCUUUUUAAAAUUUAGAGCUAUCUGCUAAUUUUUUCCCUCUUCCUCCUCAAUAAAUGAAGCAAACACUAGGCAGCUGCAGGUUUCUCCCAAUCACGUCUGUUUAUGUAAAGACAGUAACAUGCAAACACUUUUAGUUUACAUCCUUCAUUCAUAGUGUAAAGCAGGAAGUGGUGUGGGAGAUGUGAGACCAUUGUGAGGUCAGCGAUAGCCCAAAGGCUCCGCAGUACUCCCUGCAACGGCCAAGGAUUUCUUGUGUCAUCUGCAGGAGUGAGUAGGCCUGCUGUAUUUCUUUUAACUGCUGGGUGUUACAAAAUAAGUUACAAUGUUUCACACUUUAAAAAAAUACAGAAGGAACAUUUGCUUUAUUGGUUACUUACUAGUUUUGCCUCUAGGUUAUGGCAUAGCAUGCUAAAAAAAUCAUGUGUUUAAAAGUAAAUGUUGGUAAAAUGCUGGCAUCUGGUCCUAUUGUGUUGAUGCAUUUUCCCUUCUGUGGUCAUAGGAAAUGGACUGGUCUAAAGAGAGUGAGGCACAACACAAGCAGGGCAUUAGUUUGAAUAGGAAGUCAAUCAUAUUUGGUUUUAUGGCCUGGUAUAUUUUGGAUUUAAGGUAAAAUAGGGAAAAAAUGUCAGAAAUGGUCCCUAUGCAUUUAUUUUCAUGGAUACCCUUAAUUUCAUGGGCAUGCCUAAUAAUGAUCUAUGUUCUAACUGGAGCUUAGGGUUUAUUUUAGAUAUUGGAGUGUAGCUUUAUUACAGGCGGAUUUUAUCUUUCAACAUUGCAUUUUGAUCAACUUUGUAUAUUCAUGUGUAUUAAAAUAUUGUGCACUAAAUGUUUUGCCCUUGUUUGCUAUUAUAUGGUCAAGGCAUUUAUCAGCACUAUUGUAAUGAACUCAUGUAAAUGGCAUGGGUCAGGGAAAAUUAUUUCCUACUUUUCUGCCUAAUUAAAUUUCUGUUUUCCAGUAUUACAUUAAUUUAUUUUUGGCUUCCAUUUCUGUAUAACCAAAAUAGUUACUGUAUUUGUGUGGCAUUCCUAUUAUUUUGUUGCUACAAAUAUUGUAGUUUUUAUUUAAAAUAAUCUGUACCUUAAUUUUUUUAAAUGUAACCAGUUCAAGCACUUUAAGCAAUAAUGUCAAUCUUGUGAAAUUUUAAUCAGUUUAACACCCUGCCUCUAAAAUUGUUUGCAAAAAAUAAAUAAAUGAAUAAAAUGGGAA